AUGGCUUCUGCCACUGCAUGGGAACAAUCUGCACCAGGUGGUUAUUCUUAUAGCCCCCUUACAGAGAUCAACGAAUACGUCAUGAAAAUCGCCAAUUUCGCCGUAGUCGAGUACGGCAAAGAAAGUGGUACGAAGGUGAGAUUAAGUGAAGUCAUCAAGGGGGAAUCAUCACAGGUUAAUGAAGGGAUUAACUACCGCCUCACCCUCUCUGUCGUUGGUGAGGAUUAUGUUUCUAACAUCUAUGAAGCUGUUGUGUGGGAGAGUCUGUUGCUUCCUCUUAGAAUUCUCGUUUCUUUUAUACGGUUGUGA